CGGCCGGAAAGAGCGCCGGACUCCGGGUAUAUAAGGCGCUCCGAACGUCCCAGGAUGAGGCGCGCCGGGCAGGGAGCCGCGUCGGAGCGAGGUUUUGGUGGAAGCACAGCAGGCUGCUGACAUGCGACCAGUACAGAAGCUGACCUUUAUGAAGACGUUUUCUAAGAGGUGUGAUGCGGGCUCCCCCUUGUGGGAAUUAAUUGGAUCGAAACUUCCCUGAUUUGAAAAGCGGAUCAGUCCAAAGCUGAGCCAUGGAUAUGGUGAGCACACAACCGUCUGUUCAAGAAUUUGAAGGGAUGGACCCUCUGAUACGCCGCCAUUACAACUUCACAGGGAAGCUCAUCCGAGGAAAAGAAAAAAGCCUGACGACCAUUAUCCUUCUAAUCGUCUGCAGCUUCAUCAUCCUGGAGAACCUGAUGGUGCUGAUCGCCAUCUGGAAAAACAACAAGUUUCACAACCGCAUGUAUUUUUUCAUUGGCAACCUGGCCCUCUGUGAUCUGCUGGCUGGGAUAGUUUACAAAGUAAACAUCUUGAUGUCGGGAAACAAGACCCUGUCCUUGUCUGCCCAGAUUUGGUUUAUUCGAGAAGGCAGCAUGUUUGUGGCCCUGGGAGCUUCCACAUUCAGCUUAUUAGCCAUCGCCAUCGAGAGGCAUUUGACAAUGAUCAAAAUGAGGCCAUACGAUGCCAAUAAGAAGUACAGGGUCUUUUUGCUCAUCGGAACGUGUUGGCUUAUCUCGGUUUCCCUGGGUGCCUUGCCAAUCCUUGGCUGGAAUUGUGUUGCGGACUUAGCUGACUGUUCCACCAUUUUGCCGCUCUAUUCCAAAAGGUAUGUGGCCUUUUGCAUCACCAUCUUUAUAGCAAUCUUGGUGGCCAUUGUCCUCCUCUACGCCCGGAUCUAUAUCUUGGUGAAGUCCAGCAGCCGCAACGUCACCAACCACAACAACUCGGAGAGGUCUAUGGCAUUGCUUCGGACAGUUGUGAUUGUGGUCGGAGUCUUCAUCGCUUGCUGGUCGCCACUGUUUAUCUUGUUGCUGGUCGAUGUGGCCUGCAAAGUGAAAGAAUGCCCCAUUUUGUACGAGGUGCAUGGGUUCAUUGCCUUGGCGGUCCUCAAUUCAGCCAUGAACCCUGUCAUCUACACCCUGGCGAGCAAAGAAAUGCGCCGGGCUUUCUUCCGCCUCGUCUGCGGCUGCUUGGUGAAGACCAGCGCCACCACGUCGCUGCCUAUCCAGCCCACCCCAGAUCAGAGUCGCAGCAAGUCCAGCAGCAGCAAUGCACAGAAACCGAAGGACGAGCACCCACAGACUAACGGCUCGCCAGGUUUAGUGGAAAAGAACGAAUCGUCAUUUCACAAUGGGAACUGCUGCAAAUGAAGUCCGUCAGCUCUGCAGGCUAAGGAUUCUUUAACUGGCUUUUUAAAAGAGCCGAAUGGAAGCCUUUUGGUGGGGUUUCAUGCACUUAAAUCACAGGGAGAAACACUCGUCAACGGCAUAAUAUCAAGUGCCUUUUUUUAGCCCAGGCAGUUUUGGACUGGGUUUUAGUUCUGUGAGGGAUGGACUCAGGAAGGCACUGCCUCCCGAAAUCCUGUCAGUAUCAAGAAAAAUGGCACAUUUGACAUGAUACAAAAUUAAUACGCAUUAGGGAAUCAAUGCAGAAACCAUGGUGGGUUAUUUAAAACCAAUAAAUGAAACCCAGUCUGCACCUCCCAAUAAUAUGCAAGUCUAAAAAAGCUGGAGGUGCUGUGUAAGUUUUUUAUUGCCAUCUGUUCCAUGCCUUUUGGACCCGGCUGCUGCCUCACUUCCUUCGUCCCUUCCUUCAAGCAGCCUACCUUCUUGACCUCUAUACAGAACACAAUGCCUGGGAUCUGUGGGAGACUUCGUUCCCACCCAAACCCAUCUUUCGCUUUCUCCACCCAAGUGGGACGGUUUGGCAACAUUAUACAACUGACCUCCUCCCCAGGAGUUAACAGUAUUUAUAGAUAUUCUUUGAUAUCACAUUUGCUCAGCCAGUAGUGCUGGGGAAGGGGGGAGAAUCACAUGGGCAGAUGGCAGCCAAUGCUAGCCUAUUAUGUGUACAUAGAAAUGUGUGUGUGUGUGUGUGUGUGUGAGUCGAUUCACAGGAAACGUUUCCAUUCACCAAGCACUGCACACCCUCUGCAGAAAUGUGUAUCCCCUAUAUGCUGACAUUUAAAGUUACAAGAGAGAUUGUUUACCUCCGCAAUGAUGCAUUAUUUUCCAACUUUUGCGUCUUGUUGUUAUGUUAAUGGAUUCACACUACAAGUAUUAUUUGACGUGGUAUCCCAAGAAAUAAAUGCUUAGGACUGAUCGCUGUGCCACAAGGCAUAAACUACCAUAUUAUGAAGGCAAGGAACUCACGCUGACAUGAACAGACAGAUGGAUACCCCAGAACAAAUAUUUCGGGUUGAGCUGCAAGCCUAAUUAUCUCUUUAUUUAUGCCAGUUGUUUGGCAAAAGUUUACAUUAUCUGAUGUUGUCACCAUGAUUUCCUGUGUAAUAUACCAGAUCUUACAAGUACUGUGGGCAGGUAUCUUCCAAUAGUGGUGUUUUGUUUUGUUUCUUGUUUUUUUAAACUUCACCAACAAAAUUUUGGAGGAGAGAAGUUGGAUGCUACACGAACCCAGUAUUCUGUCUUGCAAUUAUCAAUGCAAACAUCCUGCGAGAAUAGCUAAAUGUGAAGGCUGGGACAAGAAGGCAUUUUGGUUUUGUUCUAGGACUUUAAGAAAAACGUAAUAUUGGCUCAUUCUCCUUGAAUUACUUCUUUAUUUAAUGUAGUUUAGUGCCCAACUGAAGUAUGUGUCUUGGCAUUUUAUGCAUAGCAUGUAUAUAGAUGUAUAUUUAAUCAAUGCAUUUAUUUUAUUUUUUUGCUCUUUGAAAGAUAUUUUUUUAAAAAAUUGAAGGCCUAGCCUGUGUUACAGAAAGCCCAAACACAGAAGAUUAGAAAGAUCUAAUGGAAGUGGCAUGGUCUUCUCAAUGUUAUUUCAUACAAAACUACACAUUUCCAGAAAACUAUCCCAACAGAGCUUUACAAAAAUCGCAAAUUGCAGUUUAAUGUUCCUUGACAACUAUCCCUAGCUCAAACUUGAGUCAAUUGCAUGGCUGGUGGAUGUUUUCUCUUCAUCUAGCUCUAGAAUUAAUAUUCUGCCAUCUGGACUCCCUGCCCACCAAUGUAUUUUUUCCCUGAUGGCUUAUGUUGGAAGAAAGCGAGCAGAGAAUAAAUGGAAUUCACCAUGCACUUAACAUGGACUAAUGGGUGAAAUUGGGGGAUGCAUGUACCACAGGAAAUAAAGUUAGCAUAAGUGGAAGAAACAGUCAAAAGUGGUCCAUGAGAAUGUCAUACAUGGUCCCAGGCACUCUGAGAUUUUCAGCCAGCUUCUGCUUCCUUCACAGCAACAGGACUAAUUUUCAACUGAACCAUCCCCCUCAGCAUCUGAAAAAUUCAUAAAUCUCUUUUGACAUCACAUCAGUUCAGCCAGGGGCUGGGAACUGCUGAUAGGGGACAGUCACUUUAUAAAUGCCUACUGAAUGGGAUUUUAUUCUAGAUUUUAAAAUAUGCAUAGAGGCAAGAUUUUUAAAACAUACUGCUAUCAUUAUUUGAGGGGAUUUUUUUAAACUUAAGAAUGACAAGCUGUGAAAAUUCUGUUUACAAGAGGCAUUUAAAAGGGGAAGGGGAUGCUAUUUCGACCAGGAGUAGCCAAUGGGGGUACCAUCCUAAAAUUUUGGGAUACAGCUCACAUCAGUCCCAGACAGCAUAGCCAGUAGACAGAAAUCAUGGUUGUAGUACAAAGCGUGUGAAAGGCACCGCAUUGGCAAAGCCAAGAAUUAAACAUGAAAUUAUGAUAGACAUAAAAGAAAGAGGAGGCUUUGCCCUGCCACAUUUGCAAAUGUAUUAUGAGGCAGCCUGCUUGCGCUGGUUAAAAGAAUGGAUUACACUGGAUAAUGCGGACCUCCUGGACUUAGAAGGCCAUGAUUUAAAAUUCGUCUGGCAUGCAUGUCUUUGGUAUGGGAAGGCAAAAAUCCAUAAAAGUUUUAUGAACCAUAUUCUAAGGAAGAAUGUGUACAGAGUUUGGGAGAAAUAUAAAAAUCUGCUGGAAAGGAAAACACCUUUAUGGCUAUCUCCUAUUGAGGUUAUUACAAUCAAAAAAGUUAUUAUGGAUAGACAAUGGUCAGUUUUUACAGGGAAUUGCUGCAUUUCACAGAGGGGGCACUUAAACUGAAAUCAAUGGAAAGUGUAAGAAGCCAUGUUACAGACUGGCUACAAUAUCAUCAGUUACAUGAAAUGUUUAAAAUAGAUAGGAAAAAUGGUUUUUUGGACCAAAGCUCACAAUUUGAAAAAGAACUUAUACAAAACAAAGAAUUUUUUUUUAUCUAAAAUGUAUAAUUUGUUAUUAGAUUAGGAAACAAAAGAUGAGCUUGUGAAAGGCACCACAUUGGCUAUUCCUGUUUUAAACAUUUCCUACAGCAGAUUCAUUGAAAACCUGUGUCAAAGGGGAAAAUCCUAAGCACAUUUAAGCAGAAAUAAUAGAUGGGAAUGACUUGCACAGAAUGCCACCAAAUCCUUUUGUCCCUCUGAUAAUUUAAUGCCCAUAGCAAAAACGCUCCUAGUUGGUAUGAAUAUUUGUUAUUUCAAGUGUAAAGUCUUGUAAACAUGUAUAUUACCUUUUUGAUCUCUGUGCAAAAUACAAAAGAGUAUGCUGAAACUGUGAAUGCCAAACAGUAUAAAGUAACAUAUCGAAUAAUAAAAACUGCUGAAAGCAGCGAAGAGACUUUGUCUUUGAGAUGAUCCUGGUUAAACAGCAAGGCUACGGACAAGGAUGCUUAACCUGUAAAUACAGAUCAAGUCACAGAUAUAUCCCCAGGUGCUCUGAAGAGUUUCCUAAAGUUUUUAUAUAUUAAAUGUAUUGUGUUGUAUUGUAUGGCAUAAUAAUAAAGUAAAAGAAGAGGUCCCUC